GGGAGGACUUUUUGACAAGGCCUCAUCACACCUAACUGACAGUGCAGCGAUCAUGGCCACGGCUGGUAAGGUAAUCAAAUGCAAGGCAGCGGUGGCCUGGGAGCCCAAAAAGCCUUUGGUGAUUGAGGAGAUAGAGGUAGCCCCACCUGGGCCCAACCAAGUCCGCAUAAAGAUUGUGGCAACUUCAGUCUGCCAUACCGACUUACACCGCCUUUUUGAAAUGCCAAGUACAGAUGGGUAUCCAACAGUUCUCGGCCAUGAAGCUGCAGGGAUUGUAGAGAGUGUCGGACCAGGAGUCACUGAGCUAAAGCCAGGUGACCAUGUUAUCCCUCUCUUCAGUGGCCAGUGUAGAGAUUGCCGCUUCUGUAAAAGCCCAAAGACCAACCAGUGUGUGAAAGCAUGGGCUGGUGGUACUAGCGACAGCUCAAUGGCACCUGCAAUUACUGCAUUCACCUGUAAGGGGAAAAGAGUGACUCAAUUUGGAGGAACCAGUACCUUCUCUGAGUACACUGUUGUCAGGGAGCUAGCUGUGGCCAAAAUCGAUCCAGCCGCCCCCCUGGACAAAGUCUGUCUCAUAGGCUGUGGGAUCUGCACAGGAUAUGGAGCAGCAGUCAAUACUGCUAAAGUGGAACCAGGCUCCACAUGUGCUGUGUUUGGUCUGGGAGCUGUGGGUCUGGCUGCAGUAAUGGGCUGCCAAGCUGCAGGAGCCAAAAGGAUUAUCGCUGUUGACGUCAAUCCAGAUAAAUUUGAAAAGGCAAAGAUUUUGGGUGCGACAGACUUUUUGAAUCCAAAGGAUCACAGCAAACCCAUCAGCCAGGUGAUAGCUGAGAUGACCGACGGCGGAGUUGACUUCUCUUUGGAAUGUGUUGGGAAUGUGGGAGUCAUGCGCAGUGCCUUGGAGUCUUGUGUUCAGGGUUGGGGUGUCAGCGUGAUUGUUGGAUGGACAGACCUGCAAGAUGUUUCUGCACGACCACUUCAGAUGAUUUCUGGACGAACAUGGAAGGGCUCUCUGAUUGGGGGCUUUAAGGGUCGAGAUGGUGUUCCUUCAUUGGUAAAGGCCUACAUGGACAAGAAACUGAAGGUUGAUGAGUUCAUCACACACAACAUGCCUUUGGAUCAGAUCAAUGAUGCUUUUGAAAUGAUGAAGCAUGGCGAAUGCAUCCGGACAGUGCUGAAUGUUUCUACAGAAUAAGAUCUGAUUAUGUUGAUGAUGACCCCAAAAUUUCUUUAGUCACUUUCUGCCAAUGCUCUCCAAAACUCAUAUUUGAUGAUGAUUUUUGCAAUGCGCAUCAUCAUCAACGAGCCAAACACACACGGAUCACAUAUUCAAAUUGAGGUAAACUUGUUCAAAUGUGUUUUAUUUCAUCUUAAAAGUACUAAUAAUAAAUACUGUCAAAAUGGCAGAAACAGGAAAAUGAAAGCAACAAACUGGCAUGGUAGAAUGAUUUGUGAGAGGGAGCUGUAGGUGUGAGGCAGGGCUGGUUUUAGCUAUUUGGAGGCCCAGGGCAAAGACCAAUAUGGGGACCCUCCCCCUGUAGAUAAAAGCAAUAAUAAUGAGAGGAAAAAAAAAUAGAAAGCAUCCCUUUAAGUUACCAGAGUCUCAAAACUAAACAUUUUCAAAAGUUUAGAUAUUUUAACUCUCUCGUAGAGAUAAUUUUUAACACUCACAGUGUUUCUCUUUGACACACAAGAGUUUACUUUCAACACUGCAAAGUGUUAUUUCCUUUCACUCUGUUUGUUAAUUUCUCACAUUUUCAGUGUUAUUUUUCUGCACAUUUAAGUGUACUUUUAACUCUACAGAGUGUUAUUUCCUUUCAUUUUUGGUGUUAAUUUCUUACAUUUUCAGUGUUAUUUUUUGACACAUUAAAGUGUGUUUUUUUUUAAACUAAAUUGAAUAAGUUACUCAUCACGAAGGGUAUUAUGUAAAGCAAUUAGUCUAAAUUAUUGACACAUUUCAAUUGAAUUCAAGUACUUGAGUCUGCCACCUUCAAUUUAAGUUGUAAAGAUUUAUGAAAACACUUCUAAAAUCUUAUAAAAGAGCUCUAAAAUUAGAACUUUCACUGUUGAAGUCUUUAGAUUUUUGUUUACAUCAUCUCAAUCUAUUGACCCCGAAGACAUAACACUGAACAAGUGUAAUAAAUCAAUAAA